CGACGUUUCACUUCGUCCUCUGCCUCGUCUAUAGGACAGCGAACAACGAGUGGGUGGCACAAGGAAGCUGUAUACGACAGAGUUAAGGCUGUGACGUGAUUAGGGGUUCAACCAGCUGGCUUAGCCCCUGUUCGCUUCGAUCAUCGCUCUGCCGAACAGAGGAGGACCAUCAUUCCAGUCCACCUGCCACAGGAACGUCUACGUCUUGUUAUCUUGCCCCACGACGUUGUCUCCACCUCCUAUCCAGCUUAGCCCUGGGAAUAUGGUGACCCAAUCUUACAAGGUCAAAUCUGCGAAGCUGGCUAAUGGCGAGACUGUCUUUGUGAAUGAUCACGUCUAUGUCUCUCCGCCUUGGUCUGAACGUGAUGGUACACCUUACAAUGUCGCUCGAAUCAUAGAAUUCAUACCACCAGACUCUACGCCUCGAAAAGGGCGAGGUCCAUCUCAAGAAAUAUCCGUCAGACUAUCUCUCUACUAUCGUCAAACCGAUAUAUCUGCUCGAAACGUUUCCGACUUUCGGCUCUUACUGGCCACUAUACACACCGACGUUCAUCCACUCGCCAACGUCAGAGGGAAAUGUUAUGUGCGACACAAGGAUCGCAUAGAGGAUCUCAUAAAGUGGAAGAGGUUGCCAGACCAUUUCUACUUUGCGAAAUUUUUCGAUCCCUAUAUCAGGAAAGAGUAUGAGGUGAUCAGGACGGAGAAUGUCAGGAACAUUCCUCCCGAAGUCCGGGAAGUCCUGCUGUCUCGUUACGAGUACCUCGUCGCUGAACGUGAAAUCGUUCCUGACCUGACCGACUCUUUCCGAGCAUGUUGCGUGUGCGACAAAUGGGCUGCAUCGCAAGACUCGGUCCGCUGCGAAGCGUGUAAGAAUCACUAUCACAUGGCUUGCGUCACUCCGCCCAUCACCGCCAAACCUGCAAAAGGAUAUUCUUGGGUCUGUCUUCCUUGCUCGCUUCAACGGCGGAAAGACGUGGAGGAUCAAAAAUUCCACUACGGUGCAAGCUCCGCUCCAGCUCCAAAACCCAAAGCUGGGCUCAGCAAAUCAAAAGACAAAGUCCCAAUGGAUCUUGAGAGACCAGACGUCAGCUAUCGUGGCUGGCCUUGGCGAUACUUUGGUCUCUACACGCGAGCUGAAGAUACGUUAGACCCUGACGAUCUGAUCUUUCCGAGAGCUGCGACUCGAAUCGGACGAAACUUUCAGACCCAUGUUCCAACUUGGGAGGAGCAGCAAGAAGCGGAGUCACAUCGGGUUUCUGGCGAGGCGGAGGCGGGUCCAUCGAGGCAUAUCGGAGUCGAACGCGGGCACGACGUCGGCGAGAGAAGACACGAAUCAUCCAUUGACAUUUGGUGUACUCCCAGUGCUGAUCUGAACACCUACAUGAAUGACUUACAGUCUCUGAAGAUGCCAGUGCCACCGUACAAUGUGGACAGACUGAACAGGGGGGUGUUAUUAUACACCACACUCGGCCACGAUCGAGCCCUGAAGAUCAUGAGAGGCAUGAGACUGGACGAUUUUCCGCCAAAAAUGUUCACCCCGGAGGAGGUAGCCAUCUUUGAAGCUCAAUUAGAGGAGAAUGGCGGUCUCGACACACAUAAAACGGCUCAACUCAUUAAUCGCACCCCGGCGGAAGUGCUGCGUUUCUCGUACAUCUGGAAGAACGGAAAGCUGAAGGAGGAGAAUGAAGCACUUCGAGCCCAUCAUAAAGUUUCUCAUUCCCACGCUAGGCAGAACAAGACGCUUGGUGCACCUUCACUGGGUCGAAUCAGGGGCCACGCGAGCAGCACGCCCACGGAUGAUGAAGUAUCGCUGUACGAUGCCAGUUUCAUCAGUACAAACAAGCUCCAAUGCGCUGCUUGCUCCACCAAGAUUUCUAGUGCUUGGUGGCGAUGUCCCAGGACCGUACCUGGUAAUGCUAUGUGCGAGGAUUGCGGAUCUAACUACCGCAAAUACGGGGUCAUCUCCUUUGUCAAGGCAGACGACGUGAAGAAGUCUGACAAGGACAAGUUGAAGAAGAAAGUCGAUGGAGUCAGUGGGGCGUCCACUCCAGUUCCUCCAGCACCCAAGUUGCCUCCUUGCGCCUCUUGUCGGCGGAUGGAGCCAAAAUCUAACAUGGCGAGGUGCAAAAUAUGCACUUACUCUGUGCAUUCUGGUUGUUAUGGCAUCGCUCCACAGGACAUAGGACUGGAAUGGGUAUGCGAGCUGUGCCACAAUGUCGAGACAGAGAUGGACCGACUGGAACCUCAUUGCGUGCUGUGCCCGCGAGAACAAUCUUCCGUCAAGAACAUAAAGUCGAAGAAACCUUUACCCGAUUUCGACCUGCUCAGCGCUCUCAAACCUACCGAGGGGAACCUAUGGUGUCACAUCAUCUGCUCCAUAUUCUGGUCAGAAAUCCUCUAUCGCGAUACCAAAACAUUCAAAGAGAUUGAAGGCGUGACGCUGAUACCGGAAGAGUCGUGGUCUCCAUCUUGCACUUUGUGUAAUCAGGUGGACGGGGCCGUGAUCGCCUGUGUGGAUUGUCUGUUACCGUUCCAUCCGUCUUGUGCUUGGCUCUCUGGUUACAAGAUAGGUUUCGAAUUUACAUUGGCCAAAGCUGGGAAGCGCGAGGUAAUCACUACUGCUUUCAAGGAGCAUGAAGGGGUCAUGUUGCCUGGCUGUUGGUGCAAAUCGCACGAUCUGGAAGGGAGAACCAUCUAUGAUCCGUUUGAGAUUGAUCCGGAACUCAACGAGACUGCUCUUCAAGUGUACGCCGCGUCAUACAAGGGCGUACCGGCGGACGAUUCGUUCCCGUUACUUCGGAAAGCUCGAGGGCUGGCUCACGUUCUACCUGCUGUGCCAGUGCACGAGGAGUACGAGAGCAAGUCCUGUAAGGAGUGCGGUAUCGAUGUCUCUCCAAUAUGGCAUAAGGGCCAUGGUGUUUCAAAGGUCGAGGCGAUGGAAGUGGACCUGCAGACGGCCAAUGGCAACGGAGCACACGGGCUCGCCAAUGGUCAUGCGCAUGAUCAGAUGGACAUCGAUAGUCUUCAAAACGGAGUACAGGAUAAGGGACCCUCAUCUUUAUGGCUCUGCCACCAGUGUUCGUUUAAAUCUUGAA